CCCAUCCAUUAAUAAAUAGAUGAUAACAUAACCUGGCACCUGCAUCUGAUUUGCUCCUGUUUGUAAUAAACAGCAAGAAGCCAUGAAUAAAGUGGUAGAAGUUUUGAGUGUAGCACCAAUUUUGGAAUCAGAAGAGUUACCAACUCAAACAUCGCUUCCCCUCACCUUCUUUGAUAUACUAUGGUUAAGGUUACCACCUGUUCAACGCAUCUUCUUCUAUGAAUUUCCUCACCCAACCCAUCUCUUCUUUGAUACCCUUCUUCCCAAACUCAAACACUCUCUUUCUCUUGCACUUGCCCACUUUUACCCUCUUGCUGGACACCUCAUCUGGCCCCUUCACUCCGCCAAACCCAUCAUCAAUUACAACACUGGUGACACUCUUUCACUCAUUGUAGCUGAAUCUGAAGCUGAUUUCAACCAUUUAGCAGGCACAGAUCUUUAUGAAGCUAAAGAAAUUCACAAUCUUUUACCCCACUUGACCAUAUCCCAUGAAAAAGCUACUCUUUUGGCCCUGCAAGUUACCCUAUUUCCAAACUCUGGAUUUUCCAUUGGAAUAACCUCACACCAUGCUGUUCUUGAUGGCAGAACUUCAACAUCGUUUAUGAAAUCCUGGGCUUAUCUUUGUAGAGAAUCACAAUCACCCACUUCUUUACCACCAGAACUUUGUCCUUUUUUUGACAGGGAAGUAGUCAAAGACCCCAAUGAACUAGAAGCAAAAUAUGUCAGUGAUUGGUUGAAGCAUGGUGGACCCAACAACAGAAGCCUCAUGGUUUGGGAUCUGCCAGUUCCAGAAGAAGCAACCAGGGGCUUAUUUCAACUGCCACGUUCAGCUAUUGAAAAAAUCAAGCAAAUUGUGGUUAUGUCCAAGAAGAAAGGGAAUAACAACACCAACCUUCACUUGUCAACGUUUGUGUUAUCUAUUGCAUAUGCGUUGGUUUGCAGAGUGAGAGCAGAAGAAGUAAAAAGUAAAAGGGUUGUUUUGGGUGUGAGCGUUGAUUGCAGGCGUUGGUUGGAGCCACCUCUUCCUCCAACAUAUUUUGGAAACUGUGUUGGUGGCAGAGUUGUGAUUUUUGAAACAAGAGGAUUGUUGGGGGAUGAAGGAGUGCUUGUAGCUGUGGAAGCACUGAGUGAAGCUUUGGAAACUCUGAAGGAUGGUGUGCUGAAUGGAGCAGAAAAUUGGUCUUCGAUGCUGUUUGAUGGUCUCGCCACUGAUGACAAGACAAUUGGCGCUGCUGGGUCACCGAGGUUUGAGGUUUAUAGUAGUGACUUUGGUUGGGGAAGACCAAAGAAAGUGGAGAUGGUGUCUAUUGACAGAACUGCAGCGUUUAGUCUUUCAGAGAGCAAAAAUGGAGAUGGAAUUGAGAUUGGUUUUGUGUCCAAGAAAACAACAAUGGAGACCUUUGCUUCUCUCUUUGUCAAUGGCCUUCAAUCUUGAGUCCCUGUUCUUCCAGUUUGGUAAGAUCUUGUGAAUUUUCACUUUUCAGGAGGCAAUAUUUUGUUAUAUCUCUUUUACUCUAUCAUUUAGCAGCUGUGGGUAAUAAUGAAAUAAAUCAUUUGACAAUCAUGUAUUAGUAUUGCUAUUGAUCAUGGUUUUAAAUUGCGAUAUUCAUCGUACUCGUAGGUAGUAAAAAUACUUUACAUUAUAAAUAAUUAUGAAAACACAUGAUUGAUGCUGUCAUAAUUAUAAUUGUGAUGCGAUUACAGUCAGUCAAAAUAACUUGAAGUUACAGUUGAUUGUGAUUGCUCACCAAUAUUGAAAACCGUGCUUUUGUUUA